GAAUAUCUUUGUGAUUAGACUUUUGCUUUUCUACUUACAAUCAUUAUUGUAGCUCUUGCAUGUCUUCCUGAUGAAGUCCGGAUCCAUGGCGUCCCAGUUCUCAUUAACGGCGGCCUUGAGGGCUUCAAUAUUUGAGUGCUAGACGUGAUAGGCUUUGGAAUCAACAUGGGGCCAAAAAGAAUACAGGGUGACCAGUAUGUUUUAGGGCACUUUUUAAAUAGAUAUAUUCGUUUUAUUUGAAAUUGCCGCGCAUUUUGGGCUAUUGUUGUUGAAAAGUGCAUCAGUAAUGUUUUGAUCUCGACUUUAAAGAAACCCCCAAAAAUCAAGACUAAAGACUAAAAUGGAGACCAGAGAGGCCAUACUGCGACUUCACCGAGAAGGAUACAGUUCAAGAAAAAUUGCCGUGACCCUAAAGGCCAUGAAACAGCAGAGCAAAGUCUGGACGUCCGAGGUCAGUACGGACGAAAAAUCUCAUCAAGUCAACCAGGAUGAAGGUUGUCAGAGACUCAAAGCGUUCAAUCCGGAAACUGGCCUCAGAGGCUGGAAUUGGACGAGAAUCGAUGCAAAAAAUAGUUACAAAUGAUCUGAAGUUGAAGGCAUACAAGUUCCAGAAACGUCAACUUCUUAGUGCAACAACUAUGGAGAAGAGGAUGACCAGGGGGCAGUGGAUCCUCAAUUGGCUCAGGGAAAGCACGCACCGGAGUAUCAUUGGGACAGAUGAGAAAAUUUUCACUGUUCAAGCAGUCCAUAACAGCCACAAUGAUCGAAAACUGAGCAAAGAUAUCUUGAAGGUUCCUGUGAAUAAGAUAAUGUUCUUUCAGAGACAGCAUCCGGCCUCAGUGAUGGUGUAGGCGGGCGUAACGUCAUGCGGGAAGAAAACGCCUCUAAUCUUCAUUCCAGCAGGGGUUAAAGUCAACCAAAAUGUCUAUCAAACGAUGCUAGAAGAAGAAGUUCUACCAUGGAUGCAAUCUCAGGACUGGGAAGACUCGUACUGCUUUCAGCAGGACGGAGCCCCCAGCCACACUGCCAAGAAGUUUUUUUCAACGAUUGUAUUGCUCAUGUGUGUCGUGUCAAUUGGGGUUCACGUUUAUGAAGCGAUACUGACGUCAAGAGAGCACUCUGGGUCAAUUCCAAAAUUUUCUCUCAACUACACGGAGGAUAUUGUGGAUUUUAUCCCACUUCAGGACUUUCUGGCCCAUGAUUCAGUUUGGCAAAAAAACCGUUAUCAACAGUUAGUGGAGUGGUCGAUGAUUCAAUCUGGCGGUCUUUUUAAACCAAAGGAAUGUGGCAGCUUUUGUGAAUCCCGAAGUGUUAUACUGGUUCCAUACCGAAACAGGACUGACAAUUUGAUUCCUUUUUUGUCUUACAUCCAUCCUUUUCUGCAACGGCAAGGCAUCGAGUACCAAAUUGUUUUCAUUUCCCAGUCUAUGACUACCUCAGUGGAUUUCAAUCGAGGUGCUCUGAUUAACAUCGGAUUCCUCUACGCUAUGAACCGAUCAAGCAUUCAUCAACCCUGGAAUUGCAUUAUUAUCCAUGACGUGGAUCAUUUACCUGAAAGUGAAGACAAUAUUUACACCUGUUCGGAUGUGCCGAUACACAUGAACUCCAACGACAAUGGACUGGGCUUACCUUACCAGACAUACUUUGGAGGCGUCGGUAGCAUCAAACCUGGUCAAUUCAAGGCAGUAAAUGGACUUCCAAAUCGUUAUUUUGGUUGGGGAGGAGAAGAUGAUGACUUCCAAGAGCGAUUGAAUCGGCUUGGACUGAAGUGGCGACACAUUAACCAAACCAUUGGCAGGCAAGACACGUGAUACGUUUAUGAUGACAUAUAUAUUGCAACCAUUGAAAGUACACAAAAUUGCAGGUAUGUCACUCUUGGUCAUGAGAAGGCCCGUCCCAAUUCAGAACGAUUUAGAAUGCUGGAGCGGGCCAAGAAGUUGAUGUUCAAAGAUGGAUUAAAUUCGACCAAGUUUCAAUUGAUGUCGGUCCUAGAGGAGAAAUUGUAUGUUAACAUCACAGUUGAUUUCAAUAAAAGCUAACCCUUUCCAA